GCAAAAAUUGUGGAUAAGGAAGGAGAAAAAUAUAAGCAAUAAUGUGCCAAAUCCUUACCACUUAUCAGUGUAGACUGUAGCAUAGUUGAGCUCAAACGCCAUGGCUGGUAUCACCACCAGCUGUUCGCUUAAAUUGGUCCGUAGUCGGACCACAGCACCAGCCAAAGCGGCACCCUCUUCAUUCAUUCUAUCUUCCUUCGAUUCCAGACUUUUCGGCCUUAAAAUUCGUUACCCUGACCUCAUCAAAUUCACCUCUCACAUUUCUAUUUCCUCCACUUGCGGAGCUCCAAUUACAUCCCGUUAUGGCGGCGGCGGCGGGUCUCGUUACUCGGGCCAAGAUUCUAGGCGUUUUAAGCAGAACGACUCCGACGAUGACCAAGCUCUUGAUUUGUCCACCAUCAGGUCAGGCUCCGUGAGGCUUAUUGAUGAACGGCAGAAUAUGGUGGGAGUCGUUACUAAGUCUGAGGCUGUUCAAAUGGCUGACGAUGCUGGUCUUGAUCUUGUUAUAUUAUCGCCGGAGGCAGACCCACCCGUCCUCAAAAUAAUGGAUUACAAUAAAUAUAGAUAUGAACAACAAAAGAAGAAAAGAGAACAGCAGAAGAAAAGUGCUGCAAGUCGCAUGGAUUUGAAAGAGCUAAAAAUGGGUUUUAAUAUUGAUCAACACGAUUAUUCCGUACGCUUGAGAUCUGCGAAGAAGUUUUUGAAAGAUGGCGACAAGGUUAAAGUUAUAGUUAACUUGAAAGGUCGUGAAAAUGAUUUCCGAAAUAUUGCUAUAGAGCUUAUCAAACGUUUCCAGAACGAUGUUGGGGAGCUAGCAACAGAGGAAGCCAAAAACUUUAGGGACAGGAAUAUAUUCAUAAUCUUGGUUCCAAACAAAGCUCUUCAACAAAAAGCUCAAGAACCCCCAAAGAAAAAAGACAUUUCAAAUGAAGCAGUUGGAGUUGAUGAAGUAUCAGCCAAUGUUUGAUUGAAGGAAAUAGUGAUUUAAUUUGUAUUAUUUAACAAGCUUGAGUAAAAUUGGAAGGUAAUGUAUAGCAUUAGUGUAACAGCUGGUUGAGAUUAUAUUUAUAUCACUAAAUUUUGUUGUAAACUAUCUUCUGGAUUUAGAAUUCUAUAAUGGAUUUUAAAGGCCCUUAUUGUAAAAAAAUAUUUAUUUUUUUGAAGCAACACUUAUGAUUGUGUAAUAAGCAUAUAGUUGUGAAAAGAUUUUCAAAGCUUAAGAUUA